AUGAUCGCUCGCAGGCUGCUGCUCGGAGUCGGGCUGCUUCUAGUCGGCAUUUUGCAGCCAACCACUGCUGACAAGGUCGAAGUCACUCCCACGUUGUUCGACAGUCCCCCUUACGAUCUAUUCUAUUUUGAAGGCACCAACACCAUCCUGUUCCGCGACGAGGUCACCCUGAGUGCGCGAGUGUCCUUCGAUGGAGGCAAGAAAUGGGAGAUAGUCAAGGGGAAGGACGGCAGCAUGGAGGGCGCGGUCAAUUGGAUCUGGCAGCAUCCGCACGACAACCACCGCGCCUACGCGCUUGGGCAAAGCGGAAAGCACUGGAUCACCACCGACCAGGCCAAAACCUGGAGGCCCUUCCAGGUCGAUGCCCUUCCCAUGGAAACCAUGCGAACUCGUUAUCCGCUGAGCUUCAAUGGCUGGGACCCUCGCAAGGUGAUCUUCCUGGGCCUGGACUGCAACGUCCUUGGAUGUAUGCCCAAGUCCUAUUACACCACCGACGACUUUGAAACCGUCAUUCCAUUGCGGGAAUUCUUUUUCCAGUGCAUUUGGGCAGCGAGCACCCCGGAGUUUGCAGAGGAUGUCGACGCACCCAAGACGAUUGGUGACCGGAUUCUUUGCGUGGUCCCGGGACUGAAAGCGGACCGCUCGGAGCGAUUGGUCUAUUCAGACAACUUCUUCCGUGACGACCACGAUGGGACCGAGGUGAAAUUAGACCGUGGCCGACCACUGAGCGGAUCGGCCAUCUGGUUGCGCUCGGUGAAAAAACAUCUCGUGUCAAGUCUCCAAUCUCGGGGCACGAAGGAAGAGGCGCUGUACAUAAGUGACGAUGCGACAGUGUGGCACCGGGCAGAAUUUGGACGCCGGAUCGAACAGGAUACGUACACCCUGCUGGAGAGCACCAACUACAGCAUCCAGGUGGACGUACAAACCGACAAACGCAUGGGCAUGCUUUUUGCCUCCAACUCGAACGGAACUUAUUUCUCGUGCAAUAUUGAGCACACCAACAGGCACCCACUUGGUCUGGUAGAUUUCGAAAAAGUCGCCGACAUCCAAGGUAUCGUUAUUGUCAACACUGUGAAGAACUGGGAGGCGGUUGCGCAGUCCGACUCAGAGAAAAAGAUCCUUGUGAGCAGCAUCAGUUUCGACGAUGGGAGAAAGUUCCAGCCUCUUAAGGCGGGUAAUGACCAGCUGCACCUCCACUCGAUCACAACCUACGCCUCGUUGCAUGAGCUCUCCAACCUCCGUCGGGUCUUCUCUAGCCCGGCCCCAGGGCUGGUCAUGGGUGUUGGCAACACUGGCGACCACCUUAAGAAAUACACAGAGGGCGACCUUUAUAUCUCAGAUGAUGCAGGUCGCACCUGGCAACGCGCGCGUAAGGGACCGCAUCGGUUUGAAUUCGGCGACCAGGGCGGCAUCAUCGUUGCAGUCCCUGACAACGACCAGACUGACGAAAUCUACUUCUCCACCAACCAUGGGAAGGACUGGAACCCCGUCAAGCUCCAUCACAAGAUUAAGCCCGCGUACGUGACCACCACGCCGGACUCGACAAGCCUAAGGUUUUUGCUUGCGGGUAUUUCUAACGACAAGCAAAUGAAAUUCGUCAUUAACUCCAUCGAUUUCAACGGACUCCAUGAACGCAAGUGCGGCAAAGAUGAUCUCGAGCAAUGGACGGCCCGCUUGGAUGAGAACGGCAAGCCGGACUGCCUGAUGGGUCAUCGACAGUCCUACUGGCGUCGCAAGGCUAAUGCGGAUUGCUUCAUCAAGAAGGAGUUUGAGAUAACUGGCCCCACCUUCGAGCCGUGCAAGUGUACGUCUGAGGACUUUGAAUGCGAUUACAACUUUGUACACAGUGAGGAUGAGAAGAAUUGCGUGCCCGCCAGGCCCCUGCUACCCCCACCCGGCAAAUGCAAGGAAACCAGCGACAAAUUCACAGGACCCUCGGGCUGGCGGCUUAUUCCCGGCAACGCGUGUAUCCGUGAUGGUGGCGCCAACUUGGACGGCGAGAUCGAGCGGUCGUGCGGAAACCUGACCGGCGCGCCGAUCGCAGACGGCCAGCCGCGCGCGGGACCUCCACAGUAUAUCACCGGCAAAGAGACCAAAUACUUCUACCUUGAACGGCAGGCGAGUAGCUCGGGGAGGGAUGAGACCAUCUUCCUGCUCAACGACCGCUUGGAGCUCCACAUCACGCGUGAUCACGGUCGGAAUUGGAAACGCCCGGCGCCUCUCAAGGAUGAGAAGAUCAUGGAGAUGAUUCCAAACCCCUACUACACUGACAGCGCCUUCUUCCUCACGACGAGUAACAAAGUCUAUUAUACGUUUGACCGCGGAGAUUCAUUCUAUCAUUUCAAAGCACCCCACCCACGCACCAAGGAGCGCUUGCCCGCCUUGGCCUUCCACGAGAAGAACCAGGAUUUGUUGAUUUGGACAGGAGAUCCAGACUGUGACGGUCAAACAUGUUCCCCCGAGGCCUAUCUCAGCAAAAGCCGCGGCGAGCAAUGGGAACCAAUGCUUCGCGGAGUCGGUGAGUGUGUGUUUGCGAGUCAUCCUGGUCGCAACAACAGUGACCAGCUCGUUCUUUGCGAGCAGUACGAGGGAGAGGACAAGCGAAAGAACCGGCAAUUGGUUUCCAGCGACGAUUGGUUCUCGACUCCUUCCACGGUCAUUCAUCCGAACAUUGCCCAUUUUACCAAGAGGAACGAGUUUAUCAUCGUGGCCACCUACUCCUCGGAAGAGCACAAGUUUUUGAAUGCCAGCACAAGCGUGGAUGGCCGAGUCUUUGCAGAUGCUCAUUUUCCUUUCAAUGUCGACGUUCCCCAGUACACCGUGCUUCUCAGCAAUGGGCACGCGUUGUUCUUGCAUGUGGAGGUAAACGCGGCGGAGGGACAUAGCUUCGGCACGCUGGUCAAGAGUAACAGCAACGGCACCUACUUUGUCUCCAGUCUCGAAGGUCUCAAUGUGAACGAUCGCGGCUUUGCUGAUUUCGAAAAGAUGGAAGGGCUCGAGGGCGUGCUUGUUGCCAAUGCGGUCGUCAACAUGGAUGACGUGCAGAAGAAGGCGACAACCAAGAAGCUCCGCACUCUGAUCACUCAUAACGACGGUGGCCAGUGGGACCUGGUCCCGCCCCCAGCUCUUGAUGUGGAGGGCAAAGAAUUCGAUUGCUCCGUCACCAAGGGCAAGGGCACUGAAAAAUGUGCGCUUCAUCUUCAUGGCUACACAGAGCGGCGCGAUGUGCGCGAUACUUUCUACUCCGGAUCCGCUAUUGGCAUGAUGAUUGCCCUCGGCAACGUCGGCGAUCGGUUGACUAGUAAAGACGAGGCUGACACGUUCAUCACCAAGGAUGGCGGUAUCACCUGGAAACAUGCCAAGAAAGGCCGGUACAUGUGGGAAUACGGUGAUGCCGGCUCGGUGAUCGUGCUCGUCAAAGACCUCCAAGCGACGAAAGUUGUCCAUUACACCCUCGACGAUGGAGACACGUGGAAGGAGUUCCAGUUCUCGGACGUGGACAUGCUGAUUGAUGACAUUUCCACGGUUCCCUCCGACACCUCGAAGAGUUUCCUUUUGUGGGGCACGGAGGUCAAGACCACCCCCCAGAACAAACGGGUGACGAUUUCUCUCGACUUCAGUAGCGUGUGGGACCGACAAUGUUCGCUAGAUGAGAAGGUGAACGAGAACGACGACUACUUUCUAUGGACGCCAAAGCACCCACAGCAAAAGGACAACUGCCUGUUUGGCCAUAUCGAACAGUACCACCGCAAGAAACCCGAGGCGACCUGUUGGAACAACUGGCGCGAACCGCAUAUUCACAGCAUUGGCGGGAACUGUACCUGCACUCGGGCCGACUUUGAAUGUGACUACAACUAUGAAAUCCAGUCUGACGGCAGCUGUGGCCUUGUCCCGGGUCUUCCCAAGCCCGACCACAAGGUGCAGUGCACCGCAAACCCCGACCUGGUUGGGUAUUGGGAGCCGACAGGGUACCGACGGAUUCCACAGUCGACGUGCCUGGGCGGACUGCAGAUGGACCAGGAGGUCUCGCACCCCUGCCCGAACAAAGAGGAGGAAUAUCAGAAGAAGCACGGCAUCAGUAGCGUGGGGCUGUUCUUUGCCAUCGUGAUUCCCAUUGCCGCGGCGACGGCGGCAGGCUAUUACGUCUACACGCGCUGGGAUGGCAAGUUUGGCCAGAUCCGGCUGGGCGAGAGUACGGCCCCAUCCACGAGUCGGCUAUCUCGAGAUUCACCGCUAGUCGCAGUGCCCGUGGCGGUGAUCGCCGGCGUUGUGGCAGUCGCCCAGGCACUACCACUGCUAGCCAUGAGUUUGUGGCGGAGCGCCAGUGGCUACGUGCGCGCGCGCAGUCGGAGCUACCAGCAGCCCUACUCGACGCGGGGUUCUUUCGCUGCGCGUCGAGGCGAUUAUACUCAUGUAGUGGAUGAUGAGGAUGAGCUCCUGGGUGCUGACGACCUCGACGAUGACGAGAUAUAG